AUGGCUUCCGCCAUCUUUUUCCUGGACAUUAAGGGCAAGCCCCUGCUGUCCCGUAACUACCGUGGCGAUAUUCCCAUGAGUGCCGUUGAACGUUUCCCGCUACUACUGUUGGAGGCCGAAGAAGAGUCCUCUGUUGUUCCACCAUGCUUCUCCAAGGAAGGCGUGCACUACCUGUACAUUACACAUAAUGACCUGUACGUGCUGGCACUUUCAAAGCGGAACGCAAAUGCUGCUGAGAUUCUACUCUUUUUGCAUCGCAUUGUUAAGGUGUUAACUGAGUACUUUAAGCGCUUGACUGAAGAGUCGAUCCGUGACAACUUUGUGGUCAUUUACGAGUUACUUGACGAGAUGAUGGAUUUCGGCCACCCUCAAACCACAGAAACACAAAUCCUGAAGGAGUACAUUACUCAAAAGUCUCAUGAGCUCAAUGUCCAAGUUCGUCCACCGGUCGCUGUUACCAAUGCCGUUUCAUGGCGCUCCGAGGGCCUCAAGUAUAGCAAGAACGAGGCCUUUUUGGAUGUUGUUGAGUCUGUCAACAUGAUGGUCUCGCCCACUGGCAAGGUACUACGCUCUGAAAUUCUCGGCUCUAUCCAAAUGAAGUGUUUUUUGUCUGGUAUGCCCGAACUGCGCCUUGGUCUUAACGACCGCGUGAUUUUUGAUCGCCAGUCCAACACAACAGGUCAGAUUAUCAAUCCCAAUGGUGGAGCCGGUGGCCGUUCUGCUGGCGGUAAGGGCUCGAUAGAAUUGGAAGAUGUCAAGUUCCACCAAUGUGUGCGGUUAUCACGUUUUGAAAGCGACCGUACCAUUUCUUUUAUUCCUCCUGAUGGAGAAUUUGAGCUCAUGUCGUACCGUCUCAACACUACAGUCAAGCCGCUUAUUUGGAUUGACUGCCAGAUCCGAAACUUUUCAAACACCCGCAUCGAGAUUAAGGCACGCGCUCGCGCACAAUUCAAGAGCAGGUCGCAUGCCAAUGACAUUGACAUUACCAUUCCUGUUCCAGAGGAUGCAGAUUCACCCCGCUUGAAGGUGUCGCAAGGUUCUGCCAAAUGGAAACCUGAAUUGGCAGCCAUUGUUUGGCACAUUAAGAAGCUUGUUGGCGGCAAGGAAAUUGAACUUUCUGCACAGCUCAACCUGCCGUCAGUGCGUGAAAAUGACGAUGGUGGGUCGUCCCUAGCGGGCGGUCGCGACAGCCAACCUUCGACAUACCUUGAGGGUGGCAGCUCUGCUCAGAAGCCCAUUUCUGUCAAGUUUACUAUUCCCUUUUACACGACGUCGGGCAUCCAAGUUCGGUACCUUAAAAUUAUUGAGCCUAAGCUGCAGUACCCGUCUUACCCAUGGGUCCGUUACGUGACCAAGAGUGGUGAUGACUACACGAUUCGGAUAGCCAGGUAUUGA